UUUUUCUGAGGGAAGUAAAACAAACAAAAAAUCUGUGUUUAUUUGAUCCAUUCAGGAGUGAAACCAGAAGUACAACUUGACCCAGAGUCAUGGACCGUCUGAAGCUCGUCCUGCAGUACUUCCAGUCAAACUCUGAGUCCAUCUCCAAUGGGAUCUGUAUCGUACUCGCUCUGGUCAGCGUCAAGCUCUACACCAGCUUUGACUUUAACUGCCCCUGCCUCCCACAGUACAACAAGCUCUACUCCCUUGGAGUAAUGAUCGUUCCGCCCGUCAUUUUCUUCUUUUUGGGAGUGCUUGUCAAUCGGCACACAGGGGUCAUGAUGGAUGAGUGGCUGAGGCCUGCAGGAAACAGGCCAAAGAAUCCUGCUGUUGUCAAAUACCUAUUUUCAGCUAUGAUUCAGAGGGCUCUGCUCGCACCAAUGGUGUGGAUCUUGGUCACUUUGUUGGAUGGAAAAAUCUUCAUCUGUGCUUUCAGUGUGAGUGUGGACCCUGCACUGUUCUCAGGUGCACCGAACAACACUGGGCUGGAUAUGACCAAGAUCAUGGCCAAAGUGCCCUGCAAAGAGGAUGUUAUUUUCAGGAACAGCUCUUUCCGCAAAGCCGUCUCUCGUUAUGUUCGGUGCUAUUCACAGGCAGUGGGUUGGUCCAUCCUCCUGUUCCUUAUUUUAUUGGGAGCACUGGGACGACUGGUGAAGCCCUGCUUUGAUGACCACGCCAAGUUCCUGCAGACACGCUAUUGGAGCAAUUAUCUGGAUGUGGAGCAGCGGCUCUUUGAUGAAACCUGCGUCUUGCACGCUCGGGACUUUGCCCGUAAGUGUGUGGUGCAGUUUUUUGAGGACAUGCGUGAGGACACCAUUCUUCAUCUUCCACAUCCACCCUUCUUUGCCGUUAUUCGAGAAGACUUGGAGGAGGAAGAAGAAAGGCUCCACGGAAUAACCAAGCAAGAACAGGUGGAACAGCUGCUUAACAAGUGGUACUACAGUAAACCUGAACUGGAUGUGACGAGGUUUGCCUAUAAACCACAACCAUGUGUUACCUGGGAGGACUCUGAAGGGAGGACUUUGUACUCUGAUCUUUAGACGUGAAACUGGACUCAGCGAGUCGCCUUUUGUCUCCAAACAUUGCAUAGAAACACUAGAAUGUCUGCUUAGCUGACUGACUGCUGGUGGAAAAAGGACAAAAUUGGUAGUUUAAGUUGGACUUGUUCUCAAGGAAAUAACCUCCUAUUCUUCUUUUCCCAUCCUCUUUAGCAUAGAAAGUCCAGGGUCAUUUUUUAGGGAGCACAGGAGGCCAUUUUAUCCAACAUUUUCAUGGAUUGAAAUACUUGAUCGUUUUGACUUGUUUGAACAGUAAUGAAGGUGACUGAAAGGCAGGAGGGCGGGUCAGCGACUGAGGAGAGAAAAGCCUUUGAUAAUACCCUUCCUGUUCAUGACUUUACUUUGUUUUCAUGUAGCAAAAGGAUCAAAGUUGAGUUUAGGUGUACAGUUUAGGUUUUAUGAUAAUUACAGAAAAGGAUUUGAGCCAAACCUCCUUCCAAUGUGAUGAAAUUGAGUUAGACUGCAUUUAAAUCUGCAGUCUCCACCACAGACAUGUAAGACAUUCGCAAUGUCUUCCUGUAAACAAUAAAGAACAUCAUCCUCCUUCAAAA